GUUUGACUGACUGACAUGACAUGGUUACACCCUAUAUAUCGCUUACUAAUCAAGGGGUGCCAGCGAACUUACAUAAUCAGGCCAAUUUUUGCCGCGUUUGACUUCAUCUUUCCUUUUUUUCUCUUUUGGUCUGUUCCUCACCACGGUUAAUCAUGGCAUCCUCCGUCCAUUAUAGCCUCUCACGGCUCUUUAUACAUUCUUCGAUUCUGGCGCCUGAUAGACCCCACAGAGAUGUGACCCUUUUCUAUGAUAGCCCCAAAGGCGGGGUGUUGUCCAGUUAAUCCAUCCAUUUGUUUUGGCGCAGAGGCAGUGUUGCUACGUUGCCCCUGCGUUGCCCUGAACGCUCUCUCCAACCCCUCAUUUCACCUCAGAUAUUGCUCCAGAAGCCUCGAUUAGGAAUUUCUCCCAAACCUUAUAGAACCAAAAAACUAGAAACAAAGAAAUGGAAAAAACUACUAGAAUGCCUCUUGAUACAUUUGCUACGGAGCUGUUGCUCCAAAUAUUCUACUCCUGCAAUUCAAUCGCAGAUGUUCUGAAUCUCUCCUUGACCUGUCGUCGCCUUCAUGGUGUAUUCUCUUCCUCGCAAAAGCUUCCCAUACUUGCCAACGCCGUAGAUGCCGAGUUCGGACCCCUGGAGGAUAUAAUACAGUUAAUCACUCAGAAUGCUAGUCAGCCUGCUCAUGUUUCCCGUGAGGCGCCGAUAUCCCUCUCUCUGAUCCAGCAGGCUGUCGAAGUUGGCCGCGUGGCUAAGAAAUGGGAGGAGAUAUAUCCGAUUAAGAAAUGGAAGGUGGACUUUGAAAACCGCCGAGUCUUGAAUGCGCAGGAACGCCUCGUGCUACGCCGAGCUGCGUACCGUCUUUGGCUGUACUCGAGGGCUUUCCACUGUCAACUAUUUCCGCGAACCAGUCGCACGCUCCCGUCUAUCGUCCAUGAACGAGCCGAACUCUUGCAUAACUGGUCUACGAGCGAGCUAGCUGAGAUAGAGGAUUUUCGAUUAGUUAUGCGUGAGGUCGUGCAGAACCAAAUCUGCCCGAGCAAUGAGACGAUCCAGCGAAAGUUUCGUAAAAGGUUCCCGGAGAACACACCGACGUCGACUCAUUUUCAUCUGGAUUGCUCUUCGCUAACUCCGCCAGUUCCAUUCUCGCUACUCGGCCCCCACGGUAAACCAGCUCCUACUUGGUCAUCUAUCGAUAAUAAUAAUCACCAUUUUCGUGCGCUCUUGACAUCCCGCGCCAAAAACAAUAACAGCAAUAAUAACGUCAUUAUCUCAACAGUUAACAAAUACGUCACCAAAUUUCACUCCGAUCUCUACCACGAGCCCGGAACGGAGGGUUGGGGCGACCAAAUUCACCAUUACUAUGUUGUCGAGGACAUGAUGAAGCUGGACCCUUCGCAGGUGCUAUGGUUGAGAGAAAACGCUCCCCUCAAGGGACAGGUUGAAAGCUACGUGCGGUCGAUGGGAGACUGGUUCGACAAUAAUGGCGAGACAUUCGGACAGACGCUUGAAUGGGUAAUGAACGAACGUGGAGGGGACUAUAUGGAGCUGCAUUUUUCGAUUGUUGACGGGGAAGUGGGCAUUGCCACAGCGAAGAGCUGACAGCAGUUCUGUGGAGUGUGGUUUUUGUUCCUCCAUUCUUUCUUUCUUCACCCUGGAUGUCGAUAUAUACCGUCCUAUAUAGUAAUUUUCGGCUUCUCGCUGUCGUUUUUCCGCCUCGUUCUUUUUGUUUUGAUGGAUCUAACUUGAUUUGGCGAUCUGGAAUGACGUUUGAAUGUGCGUGAUUAUUACAUACCCACUUUUUGUUUUAGGUAGUUUUACAAGUAGAUAAAGUGAAUCAGCCGAUUUUGUUUUGAGUUAUUCGGUGAACUACGGAGUACUGAGUGGCGAGAACCAUAUAUGUGAAACGUAGUCUAUGUCGGGCAGGGCCCAAGAACUGGGAACACGAUUCCAGCGAUAGUUUAACUCACCCUACGGAGUAUAAAACAUAACACACCCCAAGUAACAAAAGUUAGAAAGAAAGAGGGGCAAGAGAUAGAACAAACAAUAGAAAUUUAGUUUAUAUUUGCAAGAAUAAUUAAUAAUUAACAGCCCCGGGAGAAAGGAGGAUGAUGGAUCGUAAAGAAUGUGAAGGUGAAAAAAAAAAAAAAAAAAAAAGGCGAGUAUAGAGACGACAAAAACUGGGGGUCAAAAAGAAAGGAAUGGGGGAUGCAAGAAGAUUGUCAAGUAAA